AUGAACGACCUCUGGGACAGCCAGGAUUUGGCGCCCGAGGUCUUUCCGCACAUGCUCGCGCUCGCGCAGGACGGCGUGCGCCUGACGAACUACUACGGCCAGGCGUUCUGCACGCCGGCGCGCGCCGCGUUGAUGAGCGGCAAGUUCGGCCACCGCACGGGCUUCGCCAACGUCGACGUCGACAGCGCGGCGACGCUCGAGAUAUCCGCGUGGGGCAACUUUAGCUUGGCGAACGCCGGCGACCAGAUCUUCCUCUCCCAACGGCUGGCGACGGCGGGCUACGAGGUCCACGGCGUGGGCAAGUGGAAUCUGGGCCACUGCAACGCCGCGUUCCUGCCGCCGAGCCGGGGCUUCAAGUCCUAUUUAGGGUAUUACGGCGCGGGCAUCGGCUACGUGAGCCACGAGGUCGAGCAAUCGGGCAACGUGGAGAACUCGUUCACGCGCCACUUCCGGGACUACUCGCUGGUGGACAUGCAGCGCUGCACGCCCCAGGGCUGUUUGUCCGACGCGUCGGUCAUCGGCGAGUACUCGACGAUUUUGUUCACGAACGAGUCUCUCCGGCGCAUCGACGGCUUCUCCGUGGAGAACCCGACCUACCUCUACGUCGCGUACCACGGCGUCCACGACGACAAGCAGUCCAACGCGUCGGGCCUCGACUACCCCGCGGCGGCGCUCGAGGCGCUGGAGGAGCGGCGGCGGAAUUUCGGCAUCGCUUUACACGCGGUCGACCACGGCGUCGGCCUGCUCCAGCAGCGGCUCGAGAAGCGGUCCUCGGACUACGUGCUCGUGGUCCACAGCGACAACGGCGGCUCGCCCUGCGGCACCUACUGCGACAGUUCGAACGCGCCCUACCGGGGCAUGAAGUUCUUCGACUUUGAGGGGGGUUUGAAGCUGCCCGCGUUCGUCUACUCGCCGACGCGUUUGGCGUCGCGCGGCACCUACGACGGCCUCAUGCACCACGUCGACUGGACGGCGACGUUCCUCCGGGGUUUAGCCGGCACGCUGCUGGACUGCUCCGACUGCGACUCGCGGGACCACUGGUCCGCGAUCUCGUCCAACUCCGACGACAAGUACGAGAUCCGCGACGAGGUCGCCUUCUCCGUCACCGCGGAGGCGGCGACGCUGCGCAUGAAGAACUACAAAUACAUGUACCAGCGCUCCAACUCCACCUGGUUCAAGGUCGGCGAGGAGGUCACGGGGUCCUUCAACACGCAGAGUUGCAUGGACAGCUCGGCGAUGAACUUUCUGUUCGACGUCGACGCGGACCCCUACGAGACCCAGAACCUCUACUACGACGACGCCUACGUCCACGUCCUCCGGGGCUUCGAGGACGAGGCCGCGCGCAUCAUGCGGGAGGAGUACGUCCACCGGACGCUCCCGCCGGGCUCGCCCGAGGGCGGCGCGGACACGAUCGCCGCGUUCCUCGCGUCCUCGCCGACGAACGACACGGUCAAGCACGUCACGCCCUGGGACUGCGCCAUGUCGUAAAGGUCCGUUCUUGUCGGGGCGGCGCGGGCGGCGCGGAGGCCGCGCGCGGCGCGGGUGCCGCAGGAGUGCUCGGAGGCGUGCGGCACGGUGGACCGCAGAGCGCUCUCUCAGAGAGCGCCUCGACGCGCAGCGCUGCACCGCACCCGUGCGCGCGCGCCGCAGCGCUCCGCACCGCAGCGCACGGCAUCGCCCAUCGCGUGCGACAUCGCGCGCGCCGCCGCUCGCGCCAUCGCGAGGCGACGAUGCGCGCCUACGUGCCGUCGCACAACCUGAGCCGGAGCUACCGCGGCGGCGCGCGGGAGCGCGCGCCGCUCGUCGCGCGCGCCUGCGCCGAGACGCCCCAGCGCCACGGCGUGCCGUCGGCGGCGUCCGUCGCGCGCCUCGCGGCCGCGGGCGCGACGGCCGCGGAGCCGCUCGACGGCCUGCUAUGCGGCCGGUUCCGGAUCACGAAGACGCUCGCCGACGGCACGUUCUCGCGCAUCGCCCUCGUCGAGGACCGCCUCUUCCCCCACUGGCGGCGGCGCGUCGCCGUCAAGGUGCUCGCCGCGGGCUUUCGCGAGGUCGGGCGCCGCGAGGCGGCGGUGCUGGCGUUGUUGCAGGGCGCUCGAGGUCUCGCGAUCCCCGAGUUCUUCGGCGCCCACGAGAGCGGGCCCCACUACGUCAUCGCCAUGGAGGCCUGCGGUCCAUCGUUAGGAGAACUCGUGAAGC